AUGGAUGUUUGGGCCCCGCAGUUCGCCAUCACGCUGACCGAAAUGUUCCCAAGGCGGUUUGUAUUGAAGCUUUCACGAAUUCUGGGUCAGUCUGCUGCUAGUCUGUCCCCAUUUGCCGUCGCCGUUCUCAAGCGAAGAGAGGAACUCGUCACGUCUAUUCUAAGCAUAACGAGUGCAACGGAAUGGCACUUGGACAAGUUGCUCGCUCCAGAUAUCACGACGUAUCUGGGAAAGUUGACAGGAGAUCAGCCGUCAUCAAGUAGCCAACUUACGCCUCUUCAUAUUGCCUCCGCCACUGGUCUGGACGCUGUCGUCAAGCGGAUCCUCGAAAAACCGGCACCGGGGGUGGUCUCGAAAGACGCGCGUGACCGCACCCCGCUGUCCUAUGCGAUACAGUGCCCGCUUACACGUAGCUCAACCAUCCGACUGCUCCUUCGACAACAGACCGAUCUUCAAGGCAGGAUAGCCCUGAAGAACCACGCGGACCGCCUCUUGAAACACUGUUGCCGAAAUGGCCUAUUUCGCCUUGCCGCAUGUUUCCUUGAACAUGAAGUACGAUGUGACCUGCAACAUCUCCUUCGCUUGGCUCUUCUGGCUCCCUCGGCGUCUCUUCCGGGGAGGUCUAGCUCUGAUAGAGCCGUCUUGAUUCGGAGGCUGAUUCGACGCGGGGCCAAUCCGAAUGGCAUGGUGCGGGCAACAGAUGUCGAUAUUGAUAAACGGCCACUCCUUUCUGAGUUGGCAAUGACAUCGCAUGAGGCGACAGAGCGUCUGAUUGCCGUUCGAGAUGUCGAUGUGAACAUCCUAGAUAAGUACGGCCAGACGGCCUUAACUCGGUUGUUAUUGGAAAACCACUCGGCGCGCAAGACGGUAGCACUGCUCCUGGAGCGCGGGGCAAAGUUACAGCCACACUCCCUUGGAGGUAUCAUACGGGAUACAACGUUCCGGACGCACCAGGAGCUCGUGACGUUGGUUUCACGUCGCGAAAACACAUUCGAACUAUUUCGUCUCCUUUACAAGCACUGCAACUCUCACUCGGCGAAGGACCAGACGGAGACAUUCGAAAGGGAAAUGUUUUUCCUCUAA